AUGGCGGAUGACAGCAGUUCUCGCGACGAAACCCUUGCUCAGUUUGCAGCUGUUACUGGCUUGAAUGGAUCUCAAGCCCAGUUUUUUCUAGAGUCUUCUGACUGGGACUUGCAGACUGCCAUUAGUACUUUUUUUGAAUCUCAGAGUGCUGCUGAACAAUCUGCUGCUGGCUCUGCGCCAAUUCAGGAGCAUAGCACUGCUCCUUUUCCAUCUCAAGCCAAUAACCUACCCAAAUCUAGUACAGGAAAGAAUGCCUCUGGCUUUAGCUCUAGUAAUUCCCGCGUCAAAACGUUUCAGGAAAUGCUUGCAUCUACAAGUGAUAAAGAAGAUGAUCAAGAAGAAAGGGAAAACUAUUUUGCUGGCGGUGAAAAAUCUGGGGUCAUGAUGCAGGGAGGACCCAAAGAAAAGAAAGGAGAUGCACUUAAUCUUGUCAAGAAUAUUCUCACCAAAGCAGCAAAAUCUGGCCCGUCUUCGGAAGAGCUUGAAAAGGAGACCAAACCAUUGUUUUUUGGUGGUUCUGGACGUCGUCUUGGAUCUGAGGAAGAUGUAGAUACUGGUCCUCUGCAACCAGUUGAGCAAGUAACCGAUCCUAGCACUCAACGUGUUGAACGACAUUUGACGUUUUGGAGAAACGGAUUCAGUAUUGAUGAUGGUCCUUUGCGUGAAUAUGAUGACCCAGUCAACCAAGAAUUUCUCAAAGCCAUUAAUAGCGGUCGUGCACCCACUUCUAUGCUGAAUGUCGCAUAUGGCCAGCCAGUCGAAGUUAAAGUUGCCCAUUGCAUGCAACAAGACUAUCAGCCACCACCAAAACAACCCAUGGCUGCGUUUUCUGGAUCUGGAAACCGACUUGGAGGCAUAGUUGCUGGUGGACCGUCUUCCAGUCAAAACGCAUCUGUGCAAGUCUCUAUUCCAGGUCCUCUAGUCACUAUUGAUGCUGAUAUGCCUACCACUUCUAUUCAGAUUCGUCUUGGUGAUGGAACACGAAUGGUCGCCAAGUUUAAUCACACGCACACCGUUCAGGAUAUCUGUUCGUUUGUUCGGGCAUCAAGACCUGGAGGUGCGGCUCAAGCAUUUGUUCUUCAGACAACAAUUCCAGUGCGCCAACUGACAGACCUGUCUCAGACUAUCAAGGAUGCAGGACUUUUGAAUGCUGUUGUAGUACAAAAGUAUGUCUAAAUGACCAUGUCAUUGUGGUUUAAAUCAACUUGCUCAGAAAACGCAUUCAAUAAAACUUUUUUGCU